AAAUGAGACCAAACACUGUCCAUGUGCUCUCUUUGCUUUUGUAAAUUCUGGAAGUAUCCUCAAGAGUUGCAUAACUUGAGCUGUUUGCUUCUGAGAAAUGAGUGGAGUUGGAUGAUCAGAUGGGUGCUUUCUCUGCCUCUCUGAGAUAGAGCGCUUUCACCCCAGCAUCUGGCUUCUGAGCCUUCAAUGGUAAAAUCUGACAGCUGGGGUUUUCAGUUUUAAAACAUUUGGGCUCUCUAACUUCUGCCAAAGCCCCAGGGACACUGCAAGACCACUUCCCCUGAGAACAACCUGAGAAGCCAUCAGAUUUGGUCUGGUGCACGAAGACAGAAGUAGCCAUGGGGAUGGAUGUGUUUCUCAUAACCCAGCACAAGAAGACCACCAUCCUCACUGAGGGCAAGGAGUUGAGCAUGGUCUUGGAGCUCAAGCACAUUGUUGAGGGCAUCGUGAAGAGGCCUCCUGAUGAGCAGCUGUUGAUCAAGAACAACCAGCUCCCUGAUGAGAUGAAGACUCUGUGGGACUGUGACUACGCUAGCCAGGUAGCAAAGUCACAGGCCCCCACAUUGGGCCAGGCCUUCAGAACAGACAAUGCUUUUGAAAGCCUGCAUAUCUAACCCUUUUCUCAUCCUCCACUACUUUGAGAUAUGAUGAAGGAUUCUCUGGAAAAUUCGAAGGAACAAGUUGUACAAUGAGGGGCCCAGGCCCA